AUGAGCGUCUGUUUCUUCGUGUCAGCCGCUGUUGAUCAAGUCUCUCUUCGCUGCGCCCAUGGCGACGACGAAGCUUUCUUCCUCCCAACGCUCUGCAUGCGAUGUCUGGCCUAUGCCUGCCUAUCGCUAGCAGGCCUCGCUCUCGCAGAAAUCGUAGUCACUCUCGAGAACGAUAAUCCUGCCCUCCGAUACUUCCCAUCAUACUGUGGCCCCGCCAACGGAUCCGACUGCUCAGCGCCAUGGACCGUCGCAAACUUGACCGGCGCGUCCUCCGGGACCGUCACCACGACCUCCGGCCCUCUAAACUCGUCUCAGCUGUCAAUCGGGCCACAGCUGUUCCUCUCGUUCCGCGGUACACACAUCACCCUUCGCACUUCACUGCUGUCUACCGCGAAUGCUACGCUCACGCUCACGUCGACUCCGGCCGGCACGACUCUCGUCACGAACUUCAACUCGUCCGUCGGUAGCAUCUCCGCCGUCAACCUGCCCUCCGACGAGGACAUGGAGCUCGCGCUCACAUAUGUCUCUCCGGGGAGACUGGACGUUGAUGCUAUCAUGAUAUUUGCUGAUAAUGAGACUGUGACUUCGCUUUCAUCAAUACCCGGCCCAACAUCUAGCGCGCUUCCAACCUUCGUAAUACCGACAUCAACGUCCACAUCCACAUCAACCCCGAGCCCCCGCUCAAGCCGACGACUUGCCCAACCCGUCGGGACGAUCAUAGGCGAAACGCUCGCAGCCUUUUUCGGGCUCUGUAUACUCGGCAUACUAGCGUAUUUGGCCGUUGUCAGGCAGAGGGCCCUGAGAAGAGAUAGGCAGCGGUUCUCCCCGGCGGACACUGGGUUCAUGUAUGUCGCAAGGCCGGGCGAAGGGGUGCCGGGACACGAGACGGACGUUGAGCUGGAUAGCAUGGGACCGAGAGCUAUAUGA